GAUAUGGAAUUGUACAUAGAUCCCAACGAAGAUGACAGCUGGAGGAAAGAUGUCGUCAAUGAGUUACAAGAUCUGCUGGAUUUUGAUCAAGGUUGGGAAGAGGACUUCUUCCAGCGUACUCUGAGAGGCUCAGCGGCGCCCUUUCCCAAUACUGAGUAUGACACAGAAAGCCUUUUACCGACGUUGAAUGCGCUUGCAAUAUCCCUGGGCUUGGAACGCGAAGAUGUAGAGGUGGGAGAUAUCCUCGACGACCUUCUUGACGAGGAAUGGGCGAUGGACGAAACCAUGUUUCGGAAGGAAGGAGAUGGUGUUGUAUUUGUGGGGCAUAUGGCGAUAUUAGAGGAGAUUGCUCGUGGACAGUGGCAAGAGGAGGCGGACUGUGCUCUGGUCAGGACUAUCAAAGGGGAAGGGGGUACCAUGUUGGAUGGACGACGGAAGCUUUCCAAACUCGAAGAGCCCAUCCUACCAGCAAAGACCACUGGGACCUCCGCCUAUCCAUUGUUCAAACCUUCACCAUCUCUGAAGGAUGUGUCCGCCAAGCUCCCUCUUUUGCGGAUACCUGAAACCAACGACUUCGUUGGACGAAGCAGCACAGAAUUGCUCUUGAACGAGGGAUUUAUCGCUACAAGAGAUGCGGUUGAUAUUCUCCUAGAAGUUUUGCCUACUUCGAGCGAUAUUGGCGUCUCUGAUACUGGGGAUGGAGAAUGCAGCGCGAAGGGGAUGCGUCGUGCAGUUGAAGAGAUGCUUUGCCGUACGCCCCGAAAAAUGACAUGUCUUGAAUCCCCCAUCUUUGCUAAUCGCCAUGACCCUGAAGAGAUCUCUCGAAUAGUCUUUCUCCAACGUGCUGGCAACAAAACUCCUCCGCCGGAAGAUUCGCUGGAGAGUGAUGCACCCUUUAACGCAUUGGUCGAAGGAAUUCGACAGAUUGAUCCAUUGAUGGAAUUGAAGGAAAAUGAGGAAGAUGAGGGAAGAGACCAAAGAGUGCCUGGUUUGGAGAAAGUUCUGCACGAAUCUUUAGCGUCCCAGGAGGAUAGAGUCCACCUACAGAGCAUCCUAGAGGACUUUCAAAGUCAGCAAAGUGCCAGACAAGUGGCAGGACACUGGAUUCAAUCUGAACAUGAGCAUGAGUAUGCUGCCUUGGAAAAUACUAGUCGAAAAAGAGCACGGAAGAUUACCCAGAUAGAGCUACCUAUAUUUCCUUCUUCGAGUGAACCGGGAGUAGGGUCAAAACGUCAUAAGCGGGAUGAUUCGCCUUCAGAAUGCUUUUCGGAUGCAAUGCGAGUGGUCCUCGACGCAUAUCCUACUACGAACUUGUCCCUGAGUACCGAUCAAGACAAUGAAAACCCACUCAAAGACAAAGCAGAAAUGGAAGUUGACCAAGAAUUGGAAAAGUUGUUUGAUUUUAAUGUGGCUAGUGCAAAUCAUGUUGCUGCCAUAUUGGACGCGGAAUGGGAUAUGGCAUCCAUGAGGCAACUUACCGCUCCCACUCUGCCACGACCUGACCCCUUCCACCCAAACCCGGAUCCGUGGCCAAACUUUAAAGCCCUACUCACCGAACACCUCAACAUUCGAGCGUUCGAAAGUUUCACCUCGGUAGAACUAGCGCUGAUGCAUUGGAACCCUGUUGCAGCAAUGCAGCGGAUAUUCCCGGGUCGGGUUGUUAUCGACAGAGAUCGGUUUGUGCAGGAUAUUCUGAAGGAGGGAUUGGAAGAUCCGGUUGCUGUUGAUCUUGAUUUUGAGGGGAUUGAUGUUGGCAGAGAUGCAUACCGCGAUAUGCUGCCUUAUCACGAGAAACUCAAGGGCGAUGAGUUUAUUGACACAAUUCGCUCGGUUUGUCCACGGCAAUCCGCUGAAGUUCUGGAAGAUCACAGGCAAUUAAAAUCGAUCGAUCCGCUGGCACGGGUCUUAAAUGGUGUCAGAGAGAUUUCAUCGACUGCCGUGAUCGGCGAUGGUCAUGGGCAAGGUGAACGCACCAAUGUUAAAGACCGAGGGUUUUCUGGGACGUUUUUUCCCUCAGGAGCGCCAGACACUAGGGAAGUCAUACGCCCAACACCUGAUGAGCAAAAAUGCGAUGAAAUUCUUUCGCAACCGAAGCUCACCGCGGUUCCCAGUUCACCUAUCCGGAGCGCCCAUGCCCCGACGAUCGAGCCUACCACCGGAGCCUCUUUGGGAAGUUCGACUGUCUCAGUACAAGCCGACGCGAUUCUUGGCAUUGACGAUCAGGAUCCGAAUGAUGAUGCACAUCCUUUGCGUCAACCGUUUUCGGUACAAUCUUGUUUAGACGAGUUUAUGAUGUUGCGAAGCCGGCAACCAGUACCGAGCAAACCAAAACUUUCCCAAAAAGCAGAAAGGGGAACCAGAAUUGAUACCGUGCCCAAAGCCCAACUUGCUCCUCCUCUUACGAUGCCGAAAAGUGCCACAUGGACCAUACCCGCCUUUGACACCUCAACCGCAACCCGCCACGUCUACAUUGCUGGACAACGACUUCUGACCAACCGAGCGCUAGUAAGGGCAUUGGAGAACGAGUUUGCCGUUGAUUUACUGGAGCGAGAUCUGGAUUUCCGCGGGGCGGGACGUGGGCCGAAUCCUGUCAAUCGAGAUGUUGACCUCAUCCUAGAUGAACGAACUUGCGUCAUAUAUUACCCCUUGAACCACCUUCCCCUGAUAACAACCACACUACCAUCCACUGCGCAGGGUACAGCCCUCUUAACGCACCUGUCAAAGACCGAUUUAGGCCACCUUCUCCUCAAGUCUAUUCUUCAUUACAGCCGGAUCUACGUUGUACUAGAAAAGGAACCAUCCUCGACCUAUGUGUUUACACCACCAGUGGUGAAAGGCUGGAAUGUGCUAUGUGGUUUUUGUGCCUGUUUAGAGGGCAUGGGUGAGGUUGUGCGAUGUUGUAUUUCAAUGAAUACGCGGGAGAGUGCUUGGAUUGCUAGGAAUAUCGGAGAUACGAUUGCCAACAGCUAUUUGGUGCCGAAUGUGACGACUAUGCCACGUUCUUGGUCGUCAAAGACCGCAUAUGAAACUCGGACAUGGCUGGCAAAAGAAGAAUCGGCCCAAGAACGCUUUUUAUCAUCAUUCCCGCCUCUUAAUCCUUUUACAUCCCAAAUUAUCUUGACUCUCAUGACACUACGAGAAUUUUUGGGCAUGGGAUUGGAUGAGAUGCAAGACAAGGUUGGGAUUUGGGUGGGUGAGCGGGGCGUGAGGCUUUUGUAUUCGUUGGUGCAUACUUGUUUGGAUGGGGGCGGUAUACUGGAACAAGAAGAAGAGGAGGAUUGGGUCUAA